GUCGUGGAUUAGAACAAGCCCGCGGUUAACUACGUUUCCUUAUAUAUUCAAAUAGAAACGUUUUUUUUUUGCAGGGAAAAAGGAAGUUUUCUAGCCUUGAUCGAGUAUUAUAGAUCGUUGGACCAUCUUGCGCGUGAAGCAUUUUUUUUAUAGUUUGGUCACUCUAUGAUAGAUAGAUAAACUGAGAACAAAUUAAAAGGAAAUAAAAAGUGGUAGGUUCCCUAUGGGAGAUGCAUGUGCAUGAGAUUAGUUAAAUUAAUUGCUUAGGACUAAUGGUUAAGAGUGGAGAGAACAUAGUAUAAAAAGGAGAGGAAGGAGGGAGUUAGAAGUCAAUAUAGUUCGAUGUUUUGUUAUAUACUGAUAGUUAAAAUGGAGAGUGUAAUAAGAGAGAGACCAUCAUCAAACAUGGUGUUUUUAUUGUUUGGUAUUGCUUCUGUUGUGUUGUUGCUGAGCUCAAACAAUGUUAAUGGGUUACGAGACUUAAAGGAGAGAGAUGGAAGUGAGAGUAGGUCUAUGAGUGGUACUACGUCUUCAAGCGUUUUGGAUUCUAAGAACUUUUAUACGAAUGUUUCGACCGUUGGGUUUGAAAAUGACUUAGUUGGUGAAAAUUGUCAUGCAAACAAGAGUCGAAAAUGUGAGCCACGAGGUGGUGGAGUAGGAGGUGGUGGGGGUGGAGGAGGUGAUGGUGGAGCCAGAGAAGAAAAUUCCCACAAAAAGAAAAAAAGAAAUAGUGGUGGCGGAGGUGGAGGUGGAGGCGGAGGCGGAGGCAGAGGUAGCGGAAAUGGCUCCGGCCGUGGCUGGGGUGGUGGUCGUGAAGGAGGUGGUGGUGGAGGAGGCGGUGGUGGAGGAGGAGGUGGUGGUGGUGGAGGAGGA